CAUGGCGACCCGUCAUUGACAGCUGUUGCUCUGUUGGUAAAUAAAAACGAAUCUUUCAUUAAAAUAAUGAAGAAUAACCCAUUGAUGAUGAGGAACAGGUGAUUGUGGCUGCAAUGGCAUCGGUGAAAGUGGCUGUGCGGGUGCGCCCUUUCAAUCAAAGGGAACUUGAUAUGGAGGCCAGUUGCAUUAUACAAAUGAGAGGCAAGAAAACUGGCAUCCUUAACCAUAAAGCAAAUACGCGAGAUGAAGCAAUUCGCAAUAAAGAGUUCACCUUUGAUCAUUCCUACUGGUCACAUGACACUAGCUCAAAAUCAUUUGCAUCACAGGAAAUGGUGUACAAUGAUUUGGGUACUGAGGUGGUUGACUGUGCCUUUGAGGGUUACAAUGCAUGUGUGUUUGCUUACGGCCAAACAGGCAGUGGGAAAACAUUCACAAUGAUGGGUUCACCUGAUAAUCAAGGACUUAUUCCUAGAAUAUGCAAGGCGUUGUUUGAACAAAUGGCGGCCGAUUCCAAGCGCGGCACAACACAUCGCGUGCAAGUUAGUUAUCUAGAAAUUUAUCAGGAACGGGUUGCGGAUUUGCUCCGGGGAGAUGACUCUGAUGCGCAAUCUUUAAAAGUUCGCGAACAUCCAAAACGUGGUCAAUACGUGCAGGGUUUAACAUCUUGUUUGGUGACCAAUUAUGGCCACAUUCAUGAAUGCAUGGAGCGCGGAAACUCGUUUCGCACCACCGCCUCGACCAACAUGAAUGAUGUGAGCAGUCGGAGUCAUGCAAUAUUUACCAUUACCUUCGUCCAGGCGGGUUUCUGCGACGGUGUGCCCAGUGAAACGGUAUCCAAGAUUCACCUGGUGGACUUGGCUGGAAGUGAGCGCGCCGAUUCGACGGGUGCGACGGGGCAGCGCUUGAAAGAAGGCGCUCAUAUCAACAAAUCACUCGUAACACUCGGCUCGGUGAUUUCAGCAUUAGCAGAAUUAUCCGCUGAUAACAAUUCACAAAAGAAGGCGGUGUUUAUUCCAUAUCGAGACUCGGUGCUCACAUGGUUGCUUAAGGACAGUUUAGGCGGCAACUCUAAAACCAUCAUGAUUGCUGCCAUUAGCCCAGCCGACUGUAACUACGGAGAGACCUUAAGCACUUUACGCUACGCCAAUAGAGCCAAAAACAUUAUCAACAAACCGACUGUGAAUGAAGAUCCUAACGUGAAAUUGAUCCGCGAGCUGCGUGACGAGAUCAGCAAGUUGAAAACAUUGAUGUUCAACGAGCAUCAAAUUCGAUCCGACACAAUGUUGGCCAAACUGCACGAAAAGGAGGCACGAGAGAAGGAACUCACCGAGGAAUGGACGUGCAAGUGGCGUGAAGCCCAAGCGAUAUUGCGCGAGCAACGCGCGCUCGGAUUACGCAAGGCUGGUCCUGGAGUAGUAUUGGACUCUGAUCGUCCACAUCUUGUCGCAAUCGACGACGACCCCCUAAGCACAGGCGUCACACUAUAUCAUUUAAAAGAAGGCGAAACAACAAUCGGCACUGAAGAGAGCUCACAGAGGCAAGACAUUGUCCUUAAAGGCCCUGGCAUGGAAGCGGAGCACUGCACGAUUAAGUUCGAACAGGGCGUCGCUCUUCUUACGCCUCAUGCUGGCGCGCAAGUAUGGCUUAACAAUACUCUCAUUGAAGAUCCAGCGCGAUUAUUCCAAGGAUGUAUUAUAUUCUUGGGCCGUGCUCAUGUUUUCCGCUUUAAUGAUCCAGCAGAGGCGGCGGAGAUGCGCCGUGGCGAACGCAGUCAUCUUGCAAGGAUGAGUUUAUUAAGUUGGUCAACGCCUGAUCUUGCAGUGUCCAUGGAAAACCUGCCAAAAUUGACGGGCGAAGAUCACUCCGACUUGGAGGCGCAAAGACUUUGUUUGGUUAAGGAAAAACAACGUUUCGAAAAGGAGCAGGAGGCAUUUGAACGCCGUCGGAAGAGUCUCGAAGAAGCGCAGGCCAAACUAGAAGCUGAAAAACGUGAGAUGGAAGAGGAGCAUGCAGCGCAGGCUAGACAACUACAAGAAAACUGGAGGAAUCUCACGGCGAUUCAAAAGCAUCGUGAGCAGGAAUUACAAAGGAAGGAAAUUGAGCUUGUCGAACAGCGGGAAGAACUGGAAAAGGAACGCCAGAGAAUUAUGGGCGAGAUUGACGAAGAAUUAGAAGCCGUUAAUCAGUGUCGUAGUGUAUUUUUGACUAAGUUGAAAAACACAUUUAAGUUUCUUUUGUCCGACGGUGCUAUCUUUUCGUUUGAAGACCUUGACCAAACCCGAGUUGUUCAGGAUUUGGUGAACAAAAGUGAAACAUACUCGUUAUCGGAUUCAGAGUCUGAUUAUUUGGUCGAUUUGUUAAAUGGCAUUCAGGGCAAGGAGCUGCUCGAAGAUCUUGUUAACCAACACCGGAAGGAACUAGCUGAACUGCAGGCGGAGCUAGAGCGUCGUGUAGUUGCAUUAACAGAACGCCGCACAGCCGUCGAGAAACUAGACAAAAAGUUGGUUGGUCUCGUCGACGAGCAGAUCGAAUUAGGUGUUCCGGCCAAGGAGGAAAACUUACAGUUCCUGCGCGACACGCUUGCCUCGCGCACCGAGCAACAGUUGCGAGAGAUUGAACAACGCAAGCAAGCAUUAAACUUGAAUUUAAAACGUAUCAAUUCAGCGCAAAGUCCAGACUCGCUCGAUACGAACUAUACGAGCAGCCUGGAUCAUGGCACACUUAGCAGCGACACAUAUCACACGGCGACGAGCGCCUGCUCAACGAGCAUGUUUAUUGUCGAGGGUAUCGAAAAGAUGAUGAGCGACAGUGGGGUUGAGCUGCGACCAGGUUCACGACCGCCAUACGAAAGCGACUUGUCGAGCAACGAGGAUUCACGCGAAGCGAGCGAUUCGCAAUCGAGUAGCAGCGUGGAAAAUCGCAGUCCAGUGAUAAGAAAACGCAAGAAGGAUAAAGAUGUGCUACGAAAUCUCGCACAGCGAGUGACACUCCAAAAGCAAUUGAUAAUUAAAAGUUUGGACUCGCAAUGUUCCAAGAUAUAUCUCGAUGCACAAAUUGCAAUUCUCCAAGACUUACAAAAACAAUACUUGGCUGUCAAGGCAGGCUCUCCGUCGAUAUUAUCCCCAGCGGCCGAACAUCCGCUGCAGGAUCUGGACUCGCCUAGUCCGAUGCGCCCUCUACAUGCAGGCUCCACAUCUGCAUUAUAUUCGCCGCCUUUGCCUUUGCAGCGCAGUCAACUGGCGCCGUACAGUUGUUUAUACAGAUCAAUGCCUUCGAUAUCAACCCAAGUCGACAGUGAAUCCAUAGUUUCGAUUGCCAGCUAUUGCCUGCGCGGCACCGGCUCCCAAACCCAUUAUGAAUACGAGGUUCGCAUUCGCACUGCCGACGAGCGCUGGUGUGUCAUGCGACGAUUUCGGCGAUUUCGAGAUCUGCACAUUGCGAUGAAGGCGCGUUAUGGUGAAAAGGUGGCGCAAAUCCCUUUCCCCUCGAGGCAACUGUUUGCCAACACGGAAGCUGUGGCACAAUCACGCAAGAAGCAACUGGAAAUGUACUUAAAGCGGCUCAUCGACGUCUGCAAAGCACAUCCGAAUUGCUGUCUUGCGUAUGAGACACCGGUAACGCGUGCGACUCUUCAGAACUUUUCCCCUUUCUUCAGGAAAGGCUUGUUUGAAAAUGGCAAAUAUGGGACCAGUUAGUUCUGGCCGUCUUUUGUUGUAUGUUAUAUCCGUUUAUCGUUAGAAAGAGGUCUUAUGGGUUUAUAAUAAUACUUAAGUCAACAUGUUUCUACCUUUUCUAACAAGUUUACUGCAUAUUCAUUUUGUAGGAAACAUCGAAUCAAAAACAAAAAUUGUUAAUCAAAUUGCAACAAACGCGUCAUUGUUGGAUGGCUUUGAUUCGAAAAGUCGAGUUACCAAAAUAAAUCCGAUAGAUAUAAUGACUGGCUUUGUGUGCGUGAGAGAAUGAGAAUGUGGAAUAGCAGGAUUAUAUUUUGUCAAAUCCUCCAAAUAUGUAUUUUUGCAAUAAUUGGCCGAACUCAUUGAGCAACGCGGCGUUGGUAGUAGAUGGUAAUUGAUGCCAGUACCGGAUAGUAUUUAAGAGCAUUUGAUUAUUUAAAUUGACAACAUUGCUUAUUGAAAGCAUUUCUAAUCUUUGUGAUACUUACUUAGAACAAUUUUGUGUUUUAAUUUGCAAUUUUUGAAAUAAAAUGCAAUGAGUUUAUCA